AUGCACUCAGACAUUGAUAAUGCACUCACAGCGGAGUCCCAGGAGCUCACAGCAAAGUCCCAACAGUCCCAGGAGCUCACAACAAAGUCCCAACAGUCCCAGGAGUCCACAGCAAAAUCCCAGCAGUCCCAGGAGCCCACAGCAAAGUCCCAACAGUCCCAGGAGCCCACAUCCCAGGAGCCCACAGCAAAGUCCCAGCAGUCCCAGGAGCCCACAACAAAGUCCCAGCAGUCCCAGGAGUCCACAGCAAAGUCCCAACAGUCCCAGGAGCCCACAGCAAAGUCCCAGCAGUCCCAGGAGUCCACAGCAAAAUCCCAGCAGUCCCAUGAGCCCACAACAAAGUCCCAGCAGUCCCAGGAGCCCACAGCAAAGUCUCAGCAGUCCCAGGAGCCCACAGCAAAGUUCCAGGAGCCCACAGCAAAGUCCCAGCAGUCCCAGGAGUCCACAGCAAAAUCCCAGCAGUCCCAGGAGCCCACAGCAAAGUCCCAACAGUCCCAGGAGCCCACAGCAAAGUCCCAACAGUCCCAGCAGUACACAGCGCAGUCCCAGGAGUCCCAAGAGCCCACAACAAAGUCCCAACAGUCCCAGGAGCCCGCAGCAAAGUCCCAGGAGUCCACAGCAAAGUCCCAGCAGUCCCAGGAGCCCGCAGCAAAAUCCCAACAGUCCCAGGAGCCCGCAGCAAAAUCCCAACAGUCCCAGGAGCCCGCAGCAAAAUCCCAACAGUCCCAGGAGCCCACAGCGCAGUCCCAGGAGCCCACAGCAAAGUCCCAACAGUCCCAGGAGCCCACAGCAAAGUCCCAACAGUCCCAGCAGUACACAGCGCAGUCCCAGGAGUCCCAAGAGCCCACAACAAAGUCCCAACAGUCCCAGGAGCCCGCAGCAAAGUCCCAACAGUCCCAGGAGUCCCAGGAGCUCACAGCAAAGUCCCAGCAGUCCCAGGAGCCCACAGCAAAGUCCCAACAGUCCCACGAGCCCACAGCAAAGUCCCAACAGUCCCAGGAGCCCACAGCGCAGUCUCAGGAGUCCUAG